AUGUAUCUCACGGAUGCCUCAGAUGCAAUCCGGUGCAAAGCUUUCCCGACCACCUUAACCAAGACGGCGAUAAAGUGGUUCGACAGCUUGCCGCCAAGGCCGAUAACAAGCUUUGACGACCUCACUAAGAAGUUCCUAGCUAGGUUCUCCAUACAGAAGAACAAAACCAAACACGCUCCAAGCCUGCUAGGGGUUAAACAAGGAGAUCGGGAAAGCCUUCGCAGUUACAUGGAAAGAUUUAAUAAAGCAUGCGUGGACAUACAAAAUCUUCCUAUAGAAGCAGCGAUUAUGGGACUCAUCAACGGUCUACGGAAAAGGCCCUUUAACCAUUCUAUAUCCAAAAAACACCCAACAUCUCUGAAUGAUGUACAAGAACGGACAAAAAAAUACAUCAAUAUGGAGGAGAACUCCCGAUUAGGAGAGACCUCAAAGACCGGACAUUCCUACCCACCUCGGGACAAGGACAAAGAAUCCAGGAAGAAAGAAGACCAACCUACUGAGAAACCCAGAAAGUACCACAACUACACCCCUCUUCGGGUGUCCCUUGUAGAUGUUUACAGGGAGAUAUGCAACUCCGAGAACAUCCCACCACCUCACCCGAUUAAACACAAGAGAGGAGGAAGUCGGACAGAGUAUUGCAAAUACCACCGAAUCUAUGGGCACUCUACCAAUGACUAUCACGACCUAAAGAAUGUUAUAGAAAAUUGGCACGAGAAGGGCGACUAG